CGGUUCCUCACACACUGAAUCUUUUUCUUUCCCUUGAGACGCCAGGAGAGCUAUUUAUUUGAUCAUUUAGUUACCACCACUACAUCUGCUGUGGACGUAUUGAUAACAGGAUUGGCUCUGAGGGCGGAGGAAACAUUGAUGAUGAAUGAAGAUAAAGUGCAUGAGAUCAUCCAGAGAUGGCGCGAGACUCCAGAAGAAGAUUUGAAGCCGGAGGACUACCAGCAGUUCAGGGAUGUAGGAGCUGCCUGUCUCAGUGGGGGUGACGGCCAACAACUGCUGAAAUUCAUCCAGGAUGAGAAAAACCAGGGAAUUGUGAAGUCCAUGGGCUGUGGUCUGUUGGCACCUCUUGUAGACAAACUAGUUACUAAUAAGAAGAGUCAUGAUCACUGCCAGGCUGCCUUCACACAACUGAUCAUGACGUGCAGCUCCACAACCCUCCUGCAGAGCUUCCUUGAAUUAAUUGAAGGCAUGGAUCCAGGCGCCAUUUCUGAAACCAUUCUCGUCCUUCUUCCUCACCUUCAAACAGUUCUGCUGCAGCUGGAUGAGAACCGAGCAGCCGGUGUGGGUUUGGCUCUGUCGGCCCUUCACAAGCAGCUGUCCAGGCUGCCUGUACCUUACACCCAGCAGCAGGAGGAGGCUGAUGAGCACGGUUUGUGUUGCUGCUGCGUCGCCCUGGCGACGUUCACCAGGCCUUUUGUAGACGGGGUGAAGAAGAAGGAUGAAAACUGUAACCCAACACCAGAAGAUGAUGAGCUGAAGGCUGAGAUUCUUAAGUUGUGCGUUUCUGUUUCAGUGAUUUUCUUGUGCACACACCCAAGUAAAAAAAACAAAACAAAAAAAAAAACUGCAUAUUUUACUGGAAGAGCCUUGUGUAAACAUGGUAUGUCUUUAUUUCUGGAUCUUGUCAGUGUCACGGACUUUAUUUUUCUAGUUGACGAUACCAGAACAGAUGACCUGAUUGGUGUUUUUGUUUUCAGCUGCAUGCUGAGUUUAAAAGAACCUUUGCUUGAAGCUGAACUGAACCGAGACAGAAAAUCAACUUUGUGGCUCUUUGCAGUAGAGAUAAUGAUCAUCCUGUCUGCAAUCAGAGAGUCUCUUCCAGGCCUUCUGUUCUUCAGUUCUCUGAGGAAAUUCACCACGAUGGAUACUGACCUGUCCAAGGAGUCGGCCGCAUGCUUGGCCUAUCUGCUUUUUGUCCAGCUCAUAGCCAUGGACACAUUUCCAGCCGUGUUCAAUCCUGUGUUUAUUCUUCAGUGCAACAUGGAGCACAUCAGUCAACUCCUCAGUAGGAAAAAGGAAUCACAUUUGCUCAAGGGACUGGCACUGUUUGCUAAAAGCUUGGAGAAGGUGGAAGAUAAUAGCCUUCCAGUAGGUGUACUAGAUCUGGAAAGCUUCUAUAGUGCACCACAGAACUUGCGACAAGUUCUCACCGACUGUCCAAUUCAACAUUUGAGAGAAUCGGGACUGAAGGUGUUCCAACUUUUCAUAAACAAACUGGAUGCUGAAGCAAAGCAUAAAUUCUUCAGAUGCAUGUUAAAAACAAGCCACCAUGCAGGUGUUGAAGGUUACAUAGUGAACAACAUCAGGAGUCAAAUUCAAUCGACUAUAAAGGGUGAAGCCAAUAAGUGGUUCUUGGGAACGGAGCUUCUGCCGCUGCUUGAACUGGUGCUCAGUUUACCACAAGCUGCAGAGACGGAUUUACUCACCAACAUGGACAAAAUAAUGGAGAGUCUGAAUCUUCUGCGCUAUCUGCUUACCAGAGACAAAGAACUGAAGAGCGACGCUGAUGUGUGGGAAGAACUGUGCAGGAUUAAAGAUGAAUACCUAAAAAUGCUGAGAGUGUGUAUCAGCAUGUCAAGAGCAUAUUACUCCGCCGAGAUGAAAGCGCUGAAGGAGGAACAAAAGCUAAAAGCGAAAGAAGUCAAAGAGCAAGCUCGGUCUACCAGACUGUUAAAAACCAUAACAGUAAAGCACGACAAAGUCUCCCAUAUGUCUCCAGAAGUCCAGUAUCAGGUGCUGCAGAGUGCUUUGGUGACAUUUGACUUAAUGGAAAGCCUUGUAGUCCGAAUAGAUGAGAUCACAGAGGAGAAGCAGGGGAAACCACACUGAGACAGCACUGGGAACUUUUUAUGUUUUAUUUCUGAUUGUUUGGCGGUUAAAAUAAAGAAUGCAGUGCUGUAAAAGUGAUCAUUUUAUCGUUGCUGAAAUUAUUUUCAAAAGUACAGUUUGUGUCAUCAGCAGGGAC